AUGAUGAGACUAAUUGCUGUUUCUAGUGCACAAUAUAAUAUAUUUGAUCUAUGUCGAGUGGCAAUUGAGGAAUCAAACAAAUUAUUAGUAGCUAACAUUGAUGAAAUUCGUCGAGUUACCAGUCGUCAUAUUUGGCCUCCUAAUCAUAAACUCUUGGUGGGAUUCCUGCUAGAUGCUCACAUCGUUGCCACGUCUCAUGAUGAAUUUGCAGCAAGUGUAGAAGCACAACGUGAAGAAAAACAAGAAAAUGAGAACACUAACUAUUGUUUGAUUACUCAAUUAGGAAAUCAUCCUACAGAUAUCAAAUUCGUACUUGGUACUCACGCUGUACGAGACGAAAUUUUGCAAAGAUUCAAGCAUCCAUUUGGACCGAAUUCUACACCUUCACAAGAACAAAUUGAUUUGUUUCUUCACAAAAGUCAGACAUCAUCGAUACAACAGUUUUGUGAUUAUGUAACAGGCCAUGCUUGGCAUGACCUCGGUAGUAAUUCAUUACAUAGCGUUCUUGUUGAUUUUAUUAUUGCUGGUGAGCCAUUCUUCUUUAACGAAGAAUUAAAAGGAAUUUCCUUUGACACAAGAAUAAGCAAUCCUGUUGGUCAGAUAUUUUAG